CUCCUUCCGCAAGACCGUGAACCUCCUUCCGCAGACCGUGAUCCUCCUUCCGCAGACCGUGAUCCUCCUUCCGCAGACCGUGAUCCUCCUUCCACAGACCGUGAUCCUCCUUCCACAGACCGUGAUCCUCCUUCCACAGACCAUGAUCCUCCUUCCACAGACCAUGAUCCUCCUUCCACAGACCAUGAUCCUCUUGCCACAGAGUAUGAUCCUCUUGCCACAGAGCAUGCUUUUUCUGCCACAGAUCUUUCUAAUCUGGCUCAGGAUCCCAUGGCAACAGUUCAUGAUGCUUCUACACCAGUACUUGGUUUGUCUGCCACCAAACAUGAUCCUACAAGCUCAAAGCAUGAACCUUUACCAGCGUAUGGUUCUUCUUCCACAGACUAUGAUUUUUCUGUUACAGAUCAUAAUCCUUCUCGCACUGAUCAUUCUACUUCACAGGGUGUCCCUUCUACUAUCGACCAAAAGUCAGCCCCUGAAGAAAGUAGUUCUUCUACAAAUCAGGCUUCUGUUAUAGACAUUGAAUUGAAUGAGGUUAAAUCAGUAGAGUUGAAAUCACAAUCACAAGAUAAUCCAAACAAUCCCGAAUCUGACUUUAAACUGAAACUAGACGUUGCUGAACAAGACAGUCAAGAAGAUAUCAGUAUGCUUGAAAAUGAUGAUGAAGAUGAUCUGCCACCUGAUUGGAAAGAUAUGCCAGUGGAUGUUAGAUACUCCCAUCCAGCUGUCACUCUACCAGUUCUAUCAGAAGAACAAGCUGAAGUCAUUGAACAGUUGCAGCAAUUUCCAAAUAGUAAGGAAUUUGUAUUCCCUGAACCAGUGGAGUCUGCCAUGAUUUUGGGUCAUUACUGUAUUAAUAAAAAACCCUGCGUUGAAUGUGGUGAAAAGAGAUGCCAACCACUGAGUCAGCUGAGUAUGGAUGUUGUGCAAUGGGGUCUGAAGCAUGCACAGACUAGUCAAGAGAUAAAAUAUUUCCUCAGAAAGUUGGAAAUAUUGCAAAGUCAACAGUAA